CGCCUCGGGAGCGCAGGCCUCAUCCGGGGCCUGCCCGGGGGUCGCAGGGAGGAGAGAGGACCGGCCCCCCCAUGACCAUAGUCUGGGGAUCAAUCCCACCCAUCGAUCCGUCGAUUGAUCGAGAAGCAGAGACCGUCCAUCGAUCCGUCGACCGAUUGAGAAAAAGGAGGUCCAGCCAUGCCGGGGGAGCAGCAGCAGCAGGAAGAGGAGGAGGAGGAAGAGGAGGAAGCCAUGCAGGAAGAGAUGGUGCUGCUGGUAAAGGGGGAGGAAGAGGAGGGAGAGGAGCAGUAUGAAGUGGUGAAACUCAAGAUCCCACUGGAUGGCAAGGAGGUCCCAAGCGCGGCCCCCGAGGCCCCGGCCGACCCGGCCCGGCCCCACGCCUGCCCCGAGUGCGGCCGCGCCUUCGCCCGCCGCUCCACGCUGGCCAAGCACGCCCGGACCCACACCGGGGAGCGGCCCUUCUCCUGCCCCGAGUGCGGGCGCCGCUUCUCCCAGAAGUCGGCCCUGACCAAGCACGGGCGCACCCACACCGGGGAGCGGCCCUACGCCUGCCCCGAGUGCGAGAAGCGCUUCUCGGCGGCCUCGAACCUGCGGCAGCACCGGCGGCGCCACACGGGGGAGAAGCCGUACGCCUGCCCCGAGUGCGGGCGGCGCUUCGCCCAGAGCUCCAACUACGCCCAGCACCUGCGGGUCCACACGGGCGAGAAGCCGUACACCUGCCCGGACUGCGGGCGCGGCUUCGGGGGCAGCUCCUGCCUGGCCCGCCACCGCCGCACGCACACCGGCGAGCGGCCCUACGUCUGCCCCGACUGCGGGACGCGCUUCGCCCAGAGCUCGGCCCUCUCCAAGCACCGGCGGGUGCACACGGGCGAGAAGCCCCACCGCUGCCCCGUCUGCGGGCGCGGCUUCGGCCACCGCUCCAACCUGGCCGAGCACGUGCGCACCCACACCGGGGAGCGGCCCUACCCCUGCCCCGAGUGCGGCCGCCGCUUCCGCCUCAGCUCCCACUUCAUCCGCCACCGCCGGGCCCACCUGCGCCGCCGCCUCUACAUCUGCGAGGGCUGCGGCCGGGGCUUCCGGCUCGCCCCCGGCCUGGCCGCCGCCGCCGCCGGGGCCCCCGAGAGGACCGACCGCUGUCCGGACUGCGAGGGGAGCUGAGGCCGGACCCCGCCGGGACUGCGCCCCGGGAGCGGGCGAGCGAGCGAGGGCGGCCCGGACCCCGGCGCCGCCUCGUCGCCCUUCCCCGGGCCCGUCUCCCCCGUCUCCCGGGGGGCCGGGAGAUGAAACCGCCCGAGGGAGUCGUCGAGCCGGGCCCGUCCCCCCAACCCGGGGCGUCAGCUUCGCCCUCGAAGGAGAAGUACACAGAGGCCCGUGCCCUCGAUGGGGGGGUAGAGAAAGGCCCGCGGUCCGCGUCCCCCUCCUAGAAAAAGGCCCGCGGUCCGCGUCCCCCACGGCAGAAAUCGCCCCCUUCUCCUCCGCCGUUCAAUAAACGAUUCUCCACGGCC